AGAUAACCUGCCUUCAUCAGGAUAAAUCCUACAGUGUCUGUGAUCAGGGCUGACUAAACUCCCACUAAGAUGUCCUGCCAGCAAAGCCAGCAGCAGUGCCAGGCCCCUAAGUGCCCUCCUAAGUGUCCACCCAAGCGCCAGACACCAAAGUGCCCACCCAAGUGUCCACCAAAGUGUCCCCCCAAGUGUCCUCCCAAGGCUCCAUGUCCUCCUCCAGUGUCUUCCUGCUGUGGCUCCAGCUCUGGAGGAUGCUGCAGCUCCGGGGGAUGCUGUGGGUCCAGCUCUGGGGGAUGCUGCAGCUCUGGCUCUGGGGGUGGCUGCUGCCUCUUUUCCCAUCACAGGAGAUCCCAUAGGAGCAGGCGCCAGAGGUCUGAUUGUUGUGACAGUGGCAGUGGGCGCAGCCAGCAGUCUGGAGGUUGCUGUGGAAGCUCUGGAGGGUGCUGUGGAAGCUCUGGAGGAUGCUGCUGAUCAUGUUUCUCUCUAUACCAACAAUCCACAAUGUAGAUUCUUCCCUCAGAUUGUUGUAGCUUUUCCUUUCCAAUUAUGUAUUUUGCUCUCCAAAAGCUAUUAUUGACUUAAUCACCUGGAUCUACUGGACAUCAGAUCUAAUUUUUGAUCAACAUUUUCAACAAUAAAACAUAACUCAUGAUCUUC